CGGGGUCCGGCUGUGAUCUGUGAGGUAACGUGGGCGGGGCCAGACAGAUGACGUCACUCCCGGCUCUCUUUCCCCCUUGUCAGCCGCCUGUUCCGCCUCACAGCUGCUCCGCUCCACCGAGAAUGAGCUGUAAGAAGCGCGGCCACCCCGGGGGCUCCCCGGUACUGCACGACGGCUAUGUCACCCCCCAGAAACCGGGCAAGAAACGGCGGGAGGAGGAGGCGGCGGACGAGGGUUGUGAGGGCUGGGAUGUGGACGACGUGUGUCUGUACCUUGAGCGGCAGGGGCAUGGAGACCUCCAGGAUAUAUUCAGGGAAAAUAAAAUAAGGGGAACAAGUCUUCAGUACCUCACAGAAGAACACUUGAAAGAAAUGAACAUCAAUUCUGUAGGAAUAAGAGUGGAAUUACUGCAUAUUUUUCGGCUCCUGUGUCAGAACCCAAAUCCCAAUAUGAAGGUCUUCAAUGAUCCAAUACAUGGACAUAUUGAUCUACAUCCCUUGUUAGUGCACAUCAUAGACACUCCUCAGUUCCAGCGUCUGCGAUAUAUUAGACAGCUUGGUGGCACCUACUAUGUGUUCCCUGGAGCUUCCCACAAUAGAUUUGAGCACUCCAUUGGUGUUGGUUACCUGGCUGGAUGCCUUGUACGGGCCUUACAUGAAAGGCAGCCAGAACUCAGAAUAAAUGGGCGAGAUAUAUUGUGUGUCCAGAUUGCCGGCUUGUGCCAUGACUUGGGUCAUGGACCAUUUUCCCACAUGUUUGAUGGAAGAUUCAUGCCUCUUGCACGUCCACAGAAAGGGUUCAAGCACGAGGAGGCCUCUGUAAAGAUGUUUGACCACCUGAUAAAAUCCAACAACCUGGAAGAUGUAAUGAAAAGAUACGGCCUGGUGUUGCCUGAAGACUUAAAAUUUAUUAAGGAGCAGAUAGCGGGACCUCUACCUCCUGAAGAUGAGGAGCUUUUCAAUUCCAGCCAGAAUACAUCUUGGCCUUAUGAAGGUCGUCAGGAAGACAAAAGCUUUCUCUAUGAGAUUGUGGCCAACAAACGCAAUGGCAUUGAUGUGGAUAAAUGGGACUACUUUGCUAGGGACUGUCAUCAUCUGGGUAUUCAAAACAACUUUGAUUAUAAGCGAUUUCUUAAGUUUGCCAGAGUUUGUGAGAUUGGGAAAAAGAAACACAUAUGCACCAGAGAGAAGGAGGUUGGAAAUCUGUAUGAUAUGUUCCACACGCGCAACUGCCUUCAUCGUCGGGCAUAUCAGCAUAAAGUUGGCAACAUCAUUGAAACAAUGAUUACAGAAGCCUUUUUGAAAGCUGAUCCACAUAUAAAGAUAGAAGGUUCAGAUGGAAACUACUAUACAAUCUCUGGCUCGGUAGAUGACAUGGUUGCCUAUAACAAACUUACAGAUAACAUUUUCCACCAGAUCUUAUACUCCAGCGAUCCUAAACUGUCUAAAGCCAGAGAUAUAUUGCGCAAGGUUGAGCUUCGGCAACUAUAUAAAUAUGUGGGACAGACACAACCUAAUGCAAACACCAGGAUUAAUACGGAGGAAUAUGACAAAUUACCAGAAGAACUGGCAGGUUCCACCCCUCAGCCCUCUGCACCAGACAUCAGGCUCAGCCCAGAAGAUUUCAUAGUGGAUGUCAUUCAUAUGGAUUAUGGAAUGAAAGAGAAAAAUCCAAUCAACAACGUGCGAUUUUACUGCAAAAGUGAUCCACUGAAAGCUAUAAAAAUCACAAAAGAACAGGUUUCACAGCUUCUCCCAGAGAAGUUUGCCGAGCAGAUCAUCCGCGUCUACUGCAAGAAGACAGAUGAAAAGAGUUUGGAAUCUGCCAAGAGAUAUUUUGUGCAGUGGUGUAUGGACAGGGAUUUCUCCAAACCCCAGGAUGGCGAUGUUGUAGCCCCUGAUAUGACCCCGUUGAAGGCCAGCUGGGUUGAAGAAGAUGAUGAAAACAAUGAUUCAGAGCAUAGAGUUCACUUGCAGAAAGCCAGGGUCAGCCUGUUCAACAAAUAAAUGUUCUUGUCAUCUGUACAGUUGUGGUAGCUUCACUUAGGCUGUGUUCACACAGUGCACACCAGCGAUUUUGGCAAAGUUGUAUAAAAAUGGCACUAUUUUACUCCAAAUUGUGGUGAAAUAGCAUAAUUUCAGCAGAUAUUUGGGCAAAAUCACUGGGAAAACAUCAAAAACUUGGUAAAACAAUACCCUGUGAACACAGCCUUAAAGGGGUUCUCCCCUGCUAGACAUCUUAUCCCCUAUCCAAAGCAUAGGGGAUAAGAUGUCUAAUCAUGGCUUCCCUAUUCUGGGCCCCCCCGCAAUUGCCGGGC